UUUACUAUCCCGAUGAUCUUCGUUCAUCCUGUCUUUUUCUCGUUACAUAUGUAUACGAUUCAGAAACUCACCUCUUUCGGCUCGACUCUUGAGGCCAAAGGGUCUUUUUCCAUUCCUCGCGAAGCCGUUUCGCUAUAUCAGUGAGAUACACCGUCUUUACUUUCAACAACAGUUUUGUGAUGAACAAGCUACCGCACGAGGCUUUAAUUAUGAUCGCCCAAUCGACCUUUGAGCCGUGGGACUUCAAGUUCAGGAUAUCCUUGCUGCUUGCAUCUCGUCGCUGGCGCUCGGUACUCCUUCCAACAUUCUACUCCCAGGUUCGAUUGGAUGGCCCCCAGAUCAUGUCUCUGGUGGUCGCUCUGAAAGAGAAUCCAUCUAACGAAUCUUGUAUCAAUAUUCUGACAUUAUGGUCUUAUAAUCCACGUUUCAAGGCAGCCACACACAACGUCUCCAAAUUCCGCAGCUGGAUCAAGGACAUCAGCCAUUCGCAAGCUGAGGUUGCAGAGUGGGAAGAUGAAUUGGAGAAAGGCAAUAAUGAUGCGUGGUUCGCACUGCUUUUGACACUGAAGUGCAUAGCGAUAUUUCAUUCAAAAUUUGGCGGUAAAUUCGUUCGUUGCAUCGUUUCACGAGCUGCAUUACGCGAGGGUCCUUUCGAGAGUAUGCCAAUCCUGCACCAACUAGGGUUUUUGAAGAUUGUGGCGAACUACCGAACCACGUACCAAGCGAAAGAGUUCCUACCUCUUUUUCUGCUUCAGUCUUUGAAGAGCGCCGAUCUGGAUGGGGUGAUUGAAUCGCACAGCCCGAAUGAUAGCGCUAUCCCAGGGGUUAGAUUUGUACCGAGGACAUUAUCGACAGUCUUUCUUUGCUUAUGCGGCAAUGGAAGGUAUGGUAUGAUGGAUCUCAUAAGCUCAUGUCGGAAUCGGACCCUCGAGCAUUUUGAAUGGCAACAUACCAGUACGGGCCUACGAGAAAUCUUACAGACAGUUUCGGCCGAGAACAUUCCACACUUCACUUUCCACGCAAAAGCAUAGUCUCAAAACGGUUUCUCUGAAUGAUAAAAUACGAAAUGAGCCUAGAUGUUUAUUCGGCGAAGAUGAAGAGGGUGAACAAGAGUCUCAGCUUGAUCCUCCUGAUAACUGGUUUGGUCCAUUAGCAGAUUUUGUUGAAUUGCAACAUCUAGGAGCCCAUGUCGUCAAUCUUUUGGACUUCCGUCCUGACAAUAUCGAAUCGAGAAUGUCCCUCGAAGAUGUUCUUCCCAGCGGUCUGGAGACUCUCACCCUUACAGAUUGCCGCGUGUUGCGUUGGGCAAAC